GCUGGCGCGGCGCGGCUCCCGAGCGCACGUCCAGACCCCCGCGGCCAGCGGCAAGAGGAUGGAGGAGGUUCCUGAACUCUGGAUGCAGGGGAGGUUGAAAGCUUGAGCCUCUCUAUAAGGAGGACGUCAGAACAACAAGAAAAAGUGGAGCACAUGAGAGAAAUAAUGAGAUGAAAAAGGCAGCAUGAGCAUGGCGAAACCAAUCAUGUCAACACUCUGAUUUCAUCUUUCAGAGGGUGAUGUCGUGGCACCCGCAGUACCGCAGCUCCAAGUUCCGCCAUGUGUAUGGCAAAGCUGCCAGCAAGGACAAGUGCUACGACUGCGUGCCCAUCACCCACAACAUCAACGACAACCACUUCUGCGCCGUGAACCCCAGCUUCAUCGCCGUGGUGACCGAGUGCGUGGGCGGCGGCGCCUUCCUCGUCAUUCCCAUCAAGCAGACAGGCAAGCUUGACCCACAUUAUCCCAAAGUAUGUGGGCACAAAGGGAAUGUUCUGGACAUCAAGUGGAACCCAUUCAAUGACUUUGUAAUAGCUUCAUGUUCAGAAGAUGCCACAGUUAAAAUCUGGGACAUCCCCAAUCAGUUGCUAAAAAGAAACAUUACCACUCCGAAGAAAGAACUUCUUGGGCAUGCUCGAAGAGUUGGUCUGAUUGAAUGGCAUCCCACGGCUGAUAACAUCCUCUUCAGCUCUGGCUAUGACUACAAGAUAAUGAUCUGGAACCUUGAUGUCAUGGACACUGUUAUUUCAAACCCAGUGAAGAUUCUUGAUGCUCACAAAGAUGUGGUCCUCUCCAUGUCAUUCAACACAGAUGGCAGUCUCCUUGCCACUGCUUGCAGGGACAGAAAGAUACGUGUGAUAGACCCUCGUGCUGGAGCAGUCCUACAGGAAGGAAGCUACAAGUCUCACAGAGUCAAUAAAGUCUCAUUCCUCGGAAACAUGAAAAUGCUGUUUUCCACUGGAACGUCUCGGUGGAAUAAUAGGCAAAUUGCAUUAUGGGAUCAAAAUGACCUUUCUGUGCCUUUACUGGAGGAGGAUCUGGAUGGCUCCUCGGGACUACUGUUUCCUGUCUAUGACUCUGACACACACAUGCUUUAUGUGGUGGGAAAGGGUGAUGGAAACAUACGGUACUAUGAGAUAAGCCCUGAGAAACCAUACCUGAACUACCUGAUGGAAUAUCAUUCUCACUUACCACAGAAGGGAAUUGGAAUGAUGCCAAAGAGAGGUCUUGAUGUGGCAGCUUGUGAAAUUUUCCGUUUCUACAAACUGAUUCCAACUAAAAGCCUGAUUGAGCCCAUCUCCAUGAUUGUGCCUCGACGGUCGGAAUCAUACCAGGCAGAUAUCUACCCCCCGACUGCAGCAGCCCAACCGGCCCUGACAGCAGAAGAAUGGCUCGCUGGGAUUAACAAAGGGCCUCUCUUGGUAUCCUUGAGACCGGGCUCUGAAACGGUGAAGUCCCAGCCGCAGUUUCCUGAUCAAGAACCCCUCACAGAAGCUACUGACCUGAGCCAGCAACAGGAACCACAAGGGAGGAUACCAGUGGAGGACAGGCAGAAGCCAAGAGAGAUUGAACAUGGCAGAAAAAGGCUGAAAGUGGAAGAGAGUCUGCCAGAAAAUCAACAAACAUGCCUCUCCAAUGGCUUUGACAUAUUUCAGUGUCCACCACCAAAAACUGAAAGUGAGCUUUUACAGAUGUAUUACCGGCAACAGGAAGAAAUCCGUCGACUACGUGAGUUGGUAAUCCAGAGAGAUAUCCAAAUUAAACAGCUGUCGCUGGAGCUCAGAAACCUCUGCCUGGACACAGAUGAUUAAUGGGAUUGCUGGCCUACAGCUCUUUGUACCCCUGGACACAGGGGGAGACUCUAGUUCCUGCAGAUAACUCCUCCUAGGUUUUUUACUGGGGGUAGAAUUGAUAUUUCAGGCAGCAUGGACUUGCCUGGCUUGUGGUGGUCACAUUUCCCUAAUCAUCACCAGACAGUUUUUGAUGGACUUGCUCCGCUUCUUCAGGCUCCCCUUGCUUGCCUGCUCACCAAUGUCAGAAGCUUGUGUAUUAAUGCUAGUGAGAGACUUUGGAAAAUCUUGCUCUUCUGCUCCUGGAGAAGUUACAUGUUAAGCUCUAGGAAUGACCUGUUUUGCGGCUCCUCCACAUGACAGGAGACUGGGAGACUGAAGGCAGCUACCAGCUUCUUUUCUUGCCCUGGGCCCAGCGAUGUGGCUCCUGUGGCUGCCGUCCCCUUGCUCAGGGAGUCCACUCUGCUGAGCUUCAGAGGCACCUCUAGCUCCAAAGUGAUCCUUAUGCACCCCUCUCACCUCACAGCCUGGCCCAGCCCCCAGUGCUUUGGGAAAGCCGUGGCUGCCCUGACCUGGUGCUGGGGAUAGUCCCACUCUGGGGGUGCCAAGGGCCAGCACUCUUGUGAUAGGAAAAGGAGAGUUGGUGUUGGAUGUCUUGCUUUAAAAAGGUCAUGAUGUGAGCUAGUUCUUGCCAGAGGAGCUGAAGGGUCUCUGUGUCAUGUGAGUUAGUGGCCUUCUUUCCCUUCUUCUGCCAAAGACCAGCUGCAGCCAACCAGGGGUCAUCGGAGAUGAGAACAGCAUUUAAAGCUCCACAGUGCUGACAGUGGGGGAAUUUGCUGGGAAGGUUUAAAAGAAUGAGUAGGGAGUUGGACCCCCAGCCCACUGCAGGCGUUUCAGCAAUGGUGCUAGAAGAUUUGUGUCAACAGCAGUAAGAUCACAGGGCCAGUCAUGAACAUCCCUGCAGGGUUGCUGGGAUAUCACUUGUCCUUAAUGCCUGCAGCUGCUGCUUCCUUCACACCCAGGCGCCAGCACCUCGUCCCAUUCCUGCAGCCGCCUACAGCUGCAGGUUCCCUCUUGCCAGCUGCAUUGUCCAGCCCCCUGCAUCCUCCCAGGCUGCUCAGCCUUCCUCAGCCCUGUGGCCACACUCACCCUCCAGCACCAGCUCUCUGGCUCCAUGCUGGACCUUAUGGACAUGUCUUAAACCCAGGCAGAGCAAGCAAACACUGUUUAACCUGUAACUGUGCACCUCUAUUGUGGCACAUAGAAAUCAUGGAAUCAACUAGGGGAUAUGUCUAGGACAAAUCCUUGUCACCAGAUGUGUUUUAUUGGCUGCAUUUUUUUUUUUGCUUAUUUUUUUAAAUACGAAAUAAUUUAAAUUAUUUCCAAAGUAAAGUAAUUUUUCCAGGGGAUUUUUACAUCCUCUUGAGAACUGUUUCUUUGUUAAUCUAUGACUGGCUAGCAUAGAAAAUGGUUGGCCACUAUGGUUUUUAUCCUUGGGUUUUGUUGAUUUAUGGAAAAGAAGGUGCUUUUAUUUAGGCUGUGGUGAGCCUAUUUAAUCAAAACUCCUUUUUUGGACGAUAUGCCUGUAAAAGCGUGGACUGUGAAAUGUAUUUAAAUUUGGAGCUUAACUGCAACCACUAAUCUUUCACUGGAAAAAACCUUGAGGAAAUGGAGUUUUGCAUUCAUGAUCUGUGCCUAAAUAGUAUUGAGUGAUCAUUCUAAGUUUCAGAACUCCUAAAAGCUUUGUAAAAAACUGUUGAACAUGGGGAUAAAAAGCAAAUCUGUGCAAUGAAAAGCAAAUAUAACUGAAUAAUAAAUAUAUUUAGAGUUUUGCAUUUUUA